GCAGUGCAAAAAGCAAAACUUGCCGAAAAUGAUGCUGAGAAAGCAAAUAAAACGCUAAGCGAAGCUCAAGAUAGUCUCAAAAGGAUAAUCGAUCAGCUAAAUUCAUUGGACGACGUGAAUAAUGAAGAACUAGAUGAACUGGAAAAGCAGCUUGAUAAGGCGGAAGAACUAUUGGAAACUGCUGAUUUGGACAAGCAGGUUGGGCAUUCUUUUCCUCCAGUCUGGUAUAUUUUCUUGUGUCCUUUGCUAAAAAUUUUUCCAUUCGUUGUGUUGAGAAUCCUGAAAAGUCCCUAA